UCAUAAGGCGUUCUGCUGGAAUUGGUCAGUGCUGUUCUCAAACUUCAUCAUGUUGGAACUGAGGAUUGCGCUGCUCUGCGUGUGUAUCGUCGCCGUUACCCAUGGGGCACUUCUCAUUUCCCGGGAAACACUGACUUCCAAGGAAUUCCCGAUCAAUUUCGACUCUGAUGCUCAGAGCGAGACCAGGCAUCUGAAGAAGCGAAGCCCUGUCAGUGAAGAGGGGAAAGUGGAGGUGCGCAGUGUGAAAGUGGUCUCCAAGGUGGCAUUUCGCUUUGCCCUAACUGUCAUGACCUCCACUGUUAUCAACACAGCUAACUCAUCCCAAGAAGUUUUCUUUGGUGUGGAACUUCCUAAGACUGCCUUCAUCACAAACUUCAGCAUGGAGAUUGAUGGAAAGCUGUAUGUCGGUGAGGUGAAAGAGAAACAGAAGGCCAAAAAGGAAUAUCAGGCUGCAGUCUCUAAAGGGCAGACUGCGGGACUGGUCAAGGCAUCCGGCAGAAAGAUGGAGAAAUUCUCUGUGUCUGUGAACAUCGCAGCCCAUAGUGAAGUUACCUUCACACUGACCCAUGAAGAACUAUUGAAACGCACUGGCGGCAAUUAUGAGUUCAUGACACGAGUGAAACCCAAACAGCUGAUCCAAAAUUUUGAGAUUGUAGUUGACAUUUAUGAACCACAAGGAAUUGCUUUUCUGGAUGCCUACGGUACUUUCAUCAGUAAUGAGUUACUCCCACUUGUGGAAAAAACUGUCACUGAAAAAAAGGCACAUAUCUCCUUCUCACCAACACUGGAGCAGCAGAGGACAUGUCCUGACUGUGAUGGGACCCUAAUUAAUGGGGACUUCAUCAUCAAGUAUGACACAAAUCGAGGGGAAGGCAUUGGUGAUAUUCAGAUAGUAAAUGGGUACUUUGUGCAUUUUUUUGCCCCCCCGGAUUUGCCCCAUGUGCCAAAGAAUGUAGUUUUUGUGAUAGACACCAGCGGAUCAAUGUAUGGGACCAAAAUUAAACAGACCCGUGAGGCCCUGCUGACUAUCCUGGACGACCUCAAUGAAGAUGACCACUUUGGUAUAAUCCUAUUCGAGUCCUCAAUCCGAAGAAUGAAACCAUCCCUGGACAAGGCCACUAAAGAGAAUGUUGAAGAGGCUAAGGUCUUUGUCAGGAAAAUCACUGACACUGGAGGUACCAACAUCAAUGAUGCUGUGAUUGAUGCAGUUAAAAUGCUGCAAGACGAUGCAGCUAAAGAGAAGCUGCCAAAGAGGAGUGUGUCUAUGAUCAUCUUGCUGACAGAUGGGCAGCCUAAUGUUGGGGAGUCCAGGCUUGACAAGAUCCAAGAGAAUGCACAGAAUGCGAUGAAUGACAGCAUGACUUUGUUCUGCCUUGGAUUUGGCUAUGAUGUUGAUUACAAUUUUUUGGAUGUGAUGGCGAAGCAGAACAAUGGAUUGGCCAGAAGGAUCUAUGAAGACUCUGAUGCUUCCUUGCAACUGCAUGGUUUCUACUCUGAGGUGGCCAGCCCUUUGCUCUCUGAGGUAAACAUGCAUUAUCCAGAAAAUGCUGUCGAAUCGCUGACCAACCAUCACUUCAAGCAGCUCUUCAAUGGAUCUGAGAUUGUUGUGGCUGGCCGACUGUCUGAUAAUGACCUGAACAACUUCCUGGUGGAGGUGUCAGCACAGGGGGUGGAAGAGGAUUUCUCUUACAAGGGUCAAGCCAACACCCUGGACUGGAAUGUGGUGUUCCCAGAUGAGGAGUAUAUCUUUGGGGAUUUCACAGAGCGUCUUUGGGCGUACCUCACGAUCCAACAGCUGCUAAGCAAGAAGGAUAGUGGCCCGGCAUAUGAGAAGGCGAAUGCCACUUCCCGUGCUCUGGAACUGUCCCUGCAGUACAACUUUGUCACUCCCCUCACCUCCAUGGUGGCCACAAAACCACAGAGUGACGAGGCCCCAGCGGACACACUCAUUGCUGACAAACUGACUGAGGGUGAGCGACGGAUUCCAUCUUCAACUGGUUAUUCCUCCCAAUCCUGGCACACAUCGUAUCACCAACCUGUUACAAGCGUGGAUGGUGACCCCCACUUCAUCAUCAGUGUGCCAGACCAGAAAGACUCUCUGUGUUUCAACAUUGAUGAUGCACCUGGAACCAUCUUCAAUCUGGUCAGAGACCCGCUGCCAGGAAUUGUGGUCAAUGGGCAGACUAUUGGGGACAAGAAGGUGGACCCUGGGAGUAAAAUCAAUACUUAUUUUGGCCGAUUUGGGAUCAUUCACCAGAAGCUUGGGCUCCGACUGGAGGUGACCACGCAGAGUAUCACAGUGUUACAGGGUGGGACACAAACUUCACUCUCCUGGUCCGACGCGGUAUCCCUCAAGUGGCCCAGUGUUGACUUGCAGGUGAAAAAGGACCGAAGUCUGACUGUUGCCCUUAAGGACUCUGUGAAGUUUGUCAUCAUCUUGCACAAGGUGUGGAAAAAGCAUCCCUACCACAGGGAUUACCUGGGUUUAUACACCCUGGACAGCCACCUACUCUCUCCCAGUGUCCAUGGCCUGCUCGGCCAGUUUUAUAAAGGCGUGCAUUUUGAGGUUGGUGAGCUCCAUCAUUCAGACACACCAGACAAACCAGAUGCCACGAUGAUGGUGAAGGGAUCAGAACUCUCUGUUACCAGGGGCUGGCAGCGAGACUUCCGUUGGGAUAUGAAGAAUGGGGAGCCCGUGCCAUGCUGGUUCAUUCACAACAACGGCACAGGACUCAUCGACGGCAGAGCCAGUGACUACAUAGUUACUGGAUUAUUCAAAACCAGCUAAGCUGCACCAAGAGCUGAACAUACAUCUAUUUUUUUCCACAGACAAGGAUAAAUUCCUCAAAAUAUGAAAACCUAAGAUCUCAAAUAAAUGUUAUGAUGGACUCUCCCUGACUUGUGUUUUCCAUCACAAAAAUAAAGAGAAUUUCAAAAUUAAUAA